GAAGAUUGUUUACGGCUUAUAUACAAAGAUGUGGUUUUUAUGGACGAUUUGCGUUUAACUCCUGAAGGAGAUAUAGAUAGAAAAAUGUUGAUGGAAAAUAAUACAGACAUUGGAAAAUGGGCUGCAUUCGAAUAUAUUAGAAUGAAACACGUUCUCGAUAAAUCAGAUUUGUCAAAUGUUGAUAAAGAUUUUAAAAAUAUGAUGGAAGAAGUUUUGAGGGAUACUGAAAAACAUCAAGGAUUAGAUGUUGUCAUGAAAUCAAGAGUAAAUAUAUUGACAUCAUCAAUUAUUAGCACUUGUCACUUAUCAUCACUGGUACAUGACGACCUUCUAAUUCUUGCUGGUGAAACUCUUCCGUCGUUUCGACCUUAUGAUCAUUCUGCACGUUCAGGAUGGUUUAUUG